AUGCCAUGCAUUUCAUUGUCAGUGACGGCAGGAAUAUAUCACAGGAGAAGAAGGGAUCUCAGCAGAGUUCAGUUGUCAGUUCAAUCACCCCUGAAACAUCAGGUGGAAAUCCUUGAUUGGGAGACAAAGAAACAGCUAUGCUUCCUAGAUAAGGUGGAACCAAAAGCCACAAUUAGAGAGAUCAGAUUGAUGUUCCAUAAAUUAUAUCCUCGGUGGUAUCCAGCAAGGCAGUCAAUAAAACUUGAUCCAAAAGGAAAGUCCCUGAGGGAUGAAGAAAUCCUGCAGCACCUCCCUGUUGGCACAACUGCUACCUUAUACUUUAAAGAUUUAGGGCCACAGAUAGGAUGGACUACGGUAUUUUUGAUAGAAUAUACAGGUCCAUUGUUCAUCUAUUUUCUGUUUUAUUUCCGCAUGACUUUUGUCUAUGGACUGGAUGAGAGGUUUACAUCAAGUCCGCACCCAGUAGUUAACUUGGCAUGUAUCUGCCAUUCUUUCCACUACAUCAAAAGGUUGAUUGAAACAGUAUUUGUUCAUCGAUUCUCCCGUGGGACUAUGCCACUGAGGAAAAUUGUGAAGAACUGCUUUUAUUAUUGGGGAUUUGCAGCUUGGCUUGCAUAUUACAUCAAUCAUCCUCUUUACACUCCUCCCUCUUAUGGGAAAAAACAGAUAAAUUUUGCUGUGAUCAUGUUUCUGCUGUGUGAAGCUGGAAAUUUUUCCAUUCAUGUUGCACUCAGUGACCUCCGGAGAAAUGGAUCCAAAACCCGUAAGAUCCCAUAUCCAACAAAGAAUCCUUUCACAUGGCUGUUUUUCUUUGUAUCUUGCCCUAACUAUACAUAUGAGGUGGGGACCUGGAUCAGUUUCACAAUCAUGACUCAGUGUGUUCCAGUGGGGCUGUUUACCUUGCUUUGCUUCAUUCAGAUGACAAUCUGGGCAAAGGAUAAACACUGCACCUACUUACGAGAAUUCAAGGAUUAUCCAAGGCAUAGAACGCCAAUUAUUCCCUUUUUGUUGUAAGAAAAGAAGGUUUAAUUUGAAUGUUGCACAGAACUUCAAGAAGAAAAACCUCAUAAACCUCCUGCCAAAUAAAUGAAUUAAUUUAAAGGAUUUUGGUGCAUGUUUAAUCACCACUGCUAAGGGAAAUUGUAUGCACUUGAAAGCUACACUUCCUUACAUUCAAGAAUUCUCAACUCACAGGCACCUUAAAAAAUAAAGCUUCAUUGCAGAGCUGGUAGUCGAAAGCCCCUGCAGUUCACUGUAACCUGAUUGACUUAGAUUUUUCUCUACUAGCCUAUUUAGAUUGAUGGAUCAGAAAUACUGACAAGUCUGUGCUGAAAAGCAGCUCCAAAUUUAGCAGCGGCAUUCUGCAAGACAGAAGUACCUUGGAAGGAGGACACACCAGCUAACUACUAGAGCUCACUUCAGCCAGCAUGGCCAGCUGGCCUGGAGACAGUUGCAUGAUCUGCCUUCUUUGACUUGAAGAAGAGUGUGUGCUGCCUGGAGGCAGGUGCUUUGUAACGAAUAAGAUUACCAAAGAUUAUGAAUGGUUCCUGGAAUAAAGAAAUAGGCAAUAUCUCAAAAACCUGAUUUGGGUCUAACCCCUAAUUUGCCAAACGAGUCUGAAGUAAGAAGCAUUUGUUGUAUUUGUGAAUGUAACAUCCUCUGUUGGGGGUUUUUUUGUUUGUUUUUGGUCUUCAUUAGUAAAUUGCAUACUAGUAAAUAAGGUUCAGAAGCACUCUGAUCUAUAUCUUUGAUAUUUGGCCUGGUUUCAUGUAACAAUUCCUUACGACACUAAAAGGACCUUUUACCCAAGUAUU